UUGCCAAUGUGCAAGUCCACUCCUGAUUGAGAGAAAGUCUCUUACAUGGUCAGGAAGACUGACACAAACACUCUGGAGAAAAACCUGCUUGUAUGUUCACUUUGUAUGAUGACAACAUACUCAGACCAAGACUCAGAGCCCAUCCCUGAUAUUGAUGUCAUUACUGAGUCUCUGAAUCUUGCCGAUCAUAACAUCGAGAAAAUUGAGUUCUUCAAGACUGAACAUGGACUGCACCAAGUGUGGCAUACAGCUUUGCCACAACUUGAAGGCUUUAAGACCACUUGCAACGAGCUCAAGAAGCAACUUCAAAUCAUAAAGAGGAGAAAUAAUUGGGAACAACUAGUCCUCAUCCACCUUGAGGUGAAGGAUUUGAUCAACUCUCUAUUCUGCUCAGAGAUCAUGAAGAACUACACCAAGCAGCGCCAUUGCAUUGAAUUCAGACAGACUAGAGGUUGUAAUCCAAUGGUCAGUAACAUUUCUCAGGGAGCCAUCAGAGACAGAAUCGAAGAAAUACUUCAGAUCAACCCUUUCAAAGAAGCAUUGGUAAGAGCUUCUCGUAGAGACACAUACAAGAAUGCUCAGUUGGAAAGACUAGAGCAAGACAAGAGGAACUUUGAAGAUACUAUCCGAACAUUAAGUCAGGAGAAGAAUAACUUUGAACAAGUUUCCUCACAAAGACAACUGGAAAUCGACCACCUCACCCAGCAAAUCCAGACUUUUGAAAGGGACCAAGAGCAACACAACAGACAAGCAGAAGAAAUGAAGCAGGAGAUACUCGUUCUCGAGGACACUUUGCAGCAGGCCAACAGCAUUCUAGAGAACACGUUGCAUCAGUCUAAGCACACUCUCGACUACACAGAAUUAAAAGCAAUUCAUAAUGCCAUGAAGGAGUCCUCAGAUUCAUACGAUGAGGACUCAGAGCUUACAAUUUGUGUGAGCGAUACUUCCGACCAAGAGUUACUGAAGACUCUACAGUUAUUCAAACUCCCUCCUCUGAAGAAGUUUUCUCUAAACCACAUCUAUGCUUUCAACGAGCCUGAGCUGAUAAGCAAGUUCUUGUCCAACGCUCUGAGCUCCAACGUUAAAUACUUCCACUCCAACGCUUACACUACUUCUUGCAUUGAACUCACUCCUUAUAUGGCCACUCUGACCAAGACCCUCCCCCUCAUUCCCUCCAGAGUUGACCUGAUCAACUGGGCGAUGACCAAAUCUCAGUUCCAAGACCUCCUCGUGGCUGCGCAGAACACAGACUAUGUACAGUUUAGGCACUGCAAGAUAGACUCUAGUGCGGAAGUGGACUUUGGCGGCAGACUAGACCAAGCUACUUUUACCAACAUUGAUUUUGAAGGUACAGGGCACAGUAUUUAUAGCAAUUGGAACAGAAAUGGGUUCGAAAAGUUUAAAAAUAUUGUGAAGGGGCUGGCGAAAGUUGAGAGUGUUAAGAAUAGACGAGUUAGUAUCUAUUUGGGAGAUUGUGGAAUGUCGAGAGAUCAAGCUCAGUCAAUAUUACAGGAGAAUGGAAUGACUAAUAUGAUCAUUGAAGGGCUUUAAUUACA